AUUCAAACUAUGCGUGGCCACUGAGCCGGAUCUUGAAGAUUGAAUGCAUGUUUGGCACGGUACCUAUCCAUCUGAAUCCCCACCUCGAGGCAACAGGUUACACGUCUCGCCUCCCUCAAAUGCACUUAUAGCGCACGGCUUUUGCACGGCUUUGACUUUCCAUUUCUCCCAGCACUGCGCCUUUUGCACAUGCCUCUCACCAUGGUGGAACAUAACGGCCUGGAUAUUAUGUGUCCGAACAAGUAUAGCAACAGCUCCUCGUCGUCGUCCAGCUCCGAGCAGGACAAGAAGAUCUUCAGCAAACUAAAAAUCAGUUUGUCCGAAGACUAUCCGAAGAAGAACGCGGAGUUCCUGAGCGGGCAAUACGGGACCAAUCUGCUGUUGAUCGGGGCGGCGUUGAUGCUUGCCAUCGCAAACAAGAACCCCUCCGUUAAAGAAGAGGAUCUGCGGUCCUUCACUACCUGCCUCAUGAUCCUCCAGCUGCUCUGGAUGAUGUGGUACAUCUUGGUACGGGACAGGCAAAAGAGCGUGCCGCCAGAAAAAGAUGUACACGCCACCUCAGGCUGGAUAAGAGGUGGUUUGACCCUUCUUGCACUCCUUUCACUGAUUAUGGAUGCUUUCCGAAUUGGGCAAUAUGUUGGUUUUCAACCUUGUGUGUCGGCGGUGCUCGUGGUAUAUCCUGUCAUCCACGCAACUCACACUAUGGCACAGGUGCAUUUUCUCUGGUUUCACAUCAAGGAUGUCAUCAAGAGCUUUGAAACAUUUGAGAGAUUUGGUGUAAUCCAUGCAGUCUUUACCAACAUCCUCCUGUGGUGCAGUGGUGUGAUGUCAGAGGCUGAACACUUCCUGAACAACCAUAAGAGGAGACUUUCUGCCCUGGGCCUCAUAAACCUCACUACAGAGUACUCAGAACCACAAUGUAACUGCACCACCAGCACAUGCUCCAUGUUCGCCACCAGCCUCUACUAUCUCUACCCCUUCAAUAUUGAAUACCACAUUUUUGUUUCUGUCUUGCUUUUCGUGAUGUGGAGAAAUAUUGGACGCACCAUUGACCUCACUUCAAACCAUAAAAGGCAGGUUGCCAAAAACCGGGGCUUGAUCUUAGGUCCUCUUGUGGGUCUACUUGCCCUGGCCAGCAGUAUCGGAAUACUGGUGGUCUACGUUACUCAUGUAGAGAAGUCAAUCCAGAUGCGAAGGUCAGCCGUUUCCAUGUUCUACAUUUAUGCCAUCGUCAUGCUGACGGUCAUGUGCUGCGCCGGUGCUUCGGGUCUGCUUAUAUACCGAGUGAACCACAUGCCGCUGGACACCUCCAAGAACCCGUCGAGACAGCUGGACACGGAGGUGCUGUUUGGAUCCUCCAUUGGCUCCUGGUUCAUGUCAUGGUGCAGCAUAGUGUCUGUGCUAAGCACCGGAAGCAACCCUCCUUACCGCUGGACAAAUUUGGUCUACUCUCUGUUUAUUGUGUUGGAGAAAUACGUCCAGAAUCUCUUCAUCAUAGAGUCUUUGUAUCGCCAGCAAGAGGAUAGAGAGAGGCAGGACCCAGAGUUACCAGCUGCUCCAGAAGUCUUCUCUGUCACUUCCUCUCUCGCUCCGCCGUACAAUGGCAUCAUCAACCGAACUUUUGAAUCUCCAGACAGGAGCUGUGUCUCUACUGAGAGCGAGCAGGAGGAGAGUGAGCAGGUUUAUGGAUGCCCACGGAAACAUUCAGAUGUGCCAGCGCCUGUGGGAAACGAAACAGUGGAACGCCCAAAUAUAAAGAGGCAGAUCCUGAAGAAUAUUGCUGUUUUCCUUAUUAUGUGUAACAUUUCGCUGUGGAUUCUUUCUGCCUUUGGCUGCAGGCCACAGUAUGACAACGGACUGGAAGAGGAGACAUACGGCUUCAGCAUAUGGAGCACAGUUCUCAAUUUUGCCAUCCCUUUGAACCUUUUCUACCGCAUGCAUGCAGUUGCCUCCCUCUUCGAGGUGUUCUCCAGAGUCUGACAAAAUAGCAGAUGACUGACAAUGGCAACAUGCACACGAACACUUGUCACCACUGGCUCUCGAGAGUGUGUCACAGCGCAGGUCAACCAUUCAGGAGGCAGUCUGGAUCACAGUCCAACAGACUUGAAAGUAAUCUGUGGAGACAAACGUUGAUCCCUCACUGUGGGGAUUGCAGAGGAGGACAAACCUAUUAGACCUGGUUCCUUAAAGAAUUAGCUUGUGU